GCCGCCCCCCGCCCGCCGCCCCCUCCCCAGCGCGCUCCGCCCCGGCGGCGGCUCCGCUGCGCCCGGAGAGCGCCCGGGAGCGCGGGGAGCAGCGGGAGCGGAGCCAUGGCCGCGGUGACGAGGGGCACCGCGACGCGCCGCAGCCGCCUCAAGCGCUCGGACGGCAGCACCACCUCCACCAGCUUCAUCCUGCGGCAGGGCUCAGCAGAUUCGUACACGAGCAGACCCUCAGACUCUGAUGUGUCUCUGGAAGAGGACAGGGAAGCAAUCCGCCAGGAAAGGGAGCAGCAAGCAGCCAUCCAGCUGGAGAGGGCCAAGUCCAAACCAGUAGCAUUUGCUGUCAAGACCAACGUGAGUUACUGUGGGGCUCUGGAUGAAGAUGUUCCUGUCCCAAGCACUGCCAUCUCCUUCGAUGCCAAGGACUUCCUCCACAUUAAAGAGAAAUACAACAACGACUGGUGGAUAGGGAGGCUGGUGAAGGAGGGCUGCGAGAUCGGCUUCAUCCCGAGCCCGCUGCGCCUGGAGAACAUCCGCAUCCAGCAGGAGCAGAAGAGGGGCCGCUUCCACGGGGGGAAAUCCAGUGGGAAUUCUUCUUCCAGCCUUGGAGAGAUGGUCUCUGGCACCUUUCGAGCCACACCUACAGCCACAGCAAAACAGAAACAAAAAGUGACAGAACACAUUCCCCCCUAUGAUGUGGUGCCAUCAAUGAGACCUGUGGUGUUGGUGGGCCCAUCCCUCAAAGGCUAUGAGGUGACAGACAUGAUGCAGAAAGCUCUCUUUGACUUCCUGAAGCACAGGUUUGAUGGGAGGAUAUCCAUAACCAGGGUGACAGCUGACAUCUCCCUGGCCAAGAGGUCAGUGCUCAACAACCCCAGCAAGAGAGCCAUCAUCGAGCGCUCCAACACCAGGUCCAGCCUAGCUGAAGUGCAGAGUGAGAUUGAAAGAAUCUUUGAGCUGGCCAGGUCCUUACAGCUGGUUGUCCUGGAUGCAGACACUAUCAAUCACCCUGCACAGCUUAUCAAGACAUCUCUAGCACCAAUUAUUGUCCACGUGAAGGUGUCCUCUCCAAAGGUCCUGCAGCGACUGAUCAAGUCCAGGGGGAAGUCACAGAGCAAACACCUCAACGUCCAGUUGGUGGCAGCUGAUAAACUUGCACAGUGCCCCCCAGACAUGUUUGACGUGAUCCUGGACGAGAACCAGCUGGAGGACGCGUGCGAGCACCUGGCCGAGUACCUGGAGGCGUACUGGAGAGCCACGCACACGGCCAGCGCCGCGCCCAUGACGCCCCUGCUGGGCAGGAGCCUGGCCCCGGCCGCGCUGUCCCCGUACCCCGCCGCCAUCUCCGGCCUGCAGGGAUAGCUCAGACUCGGCUGAACUUUGACACUUCAAUCGUGGCAUGUAAAUAGUCCUUAAUGAGAAGUACGUGCUUUAUUAAGUUUGAAACCAGAAAUGUUUGGGGCUGAUAACUGGGGAUGCUUGAGGGGCUCAGGAUUGCAGGGAGCUUUAAACCCUGCAAGUUUCAGGGUGUGUGGGACUCCAGGAGUGUCACUUGCUAAUGUACGUCAGAAAUAGAACUGAACAAAUGACGUUUAAUGAAUAAUUCACCUGACAAAUGUAACAAAUGUCUGCUCUGCUUGUGGAGUGUCUGGAAGCAGGUAACAGCUUUGGAGGAAAUGACUGUUGUUUGGUGUUUUCAGUUAACAUCCAGCUGGCUUUGCUGUGAGUGAGCUGCACUUCCCUGAAGGUGCUUAAUUCCUGCACUCACCUUUCUAGAGCCCUGCUUGGUUUUAUUGGGACCAGCAAGUCACUGUCUCCUGAGUGGCUGAAUGCACAAGCACUGUUCUGUUACUAAUAAUAACAUGCACAUGUAAACUGUUGUUUCCAUUUUCCACUUGCCUUAAAAUUUCAGUUUUCCAUCCCUUCAUGCCAAUAAAAUACCAUCUGCAGAACGUU